UAUUAUUAUCUGUGGAUGUGUAUACGUUAGGAAGUUUUUUAUAGUGGUCGCGUUUGGGAAUACAAUUCUCUUCGUAUCUCGCCAAUGGAAUGCACGAAAAACAUGUGGACAUCUAUUUUUGACAAUUUGUGUACGGUUUAGUUUCGAAUGUGACGUAAAGGACAACAAAUUAUUGGGAAAGUUUCUCUUGAGGAGAAUUAACCGAAGUCUGGAGGGUUUGUCGUGUCUCGUUGAGCAUACAUGUAAACUUGUUGACAUCAGUAGUGUGCAUUUUGAUAAAUGUUUUCUCCGUUGCCUAGUAUAAACUAUGGACAGUAGUGUAUUUGGGAAUGAUAAGGAAUGCGAAACGUUAUCUUUAUAAAAGUGUGACAAGAAUCAGUGUUAGAAAUGUAGUGUGUAUGUUUUGAAACGAUGAAGCAAAGAAAAUCAAGAAUGCUUCUGUUAAUGUUAGUGUGAAUGGGCUAUGGCAUAUUCGUGUGUCCAGGUUUUGUUUGAAAUUGGGCAUGAAGCAGUUAUUCGAACGAAGCGCUCACCAAAAGGUUUUACACAUGACUGGGAAGUGUUUGUGCGAGGCGCUGAUAACACUGACAUAAACCACUUUGUGGAUAAAGUUGUGUUUCAUUUACAUGAGACAUUCCCAAAACCAAAAAGAGUUGUCAAGGACCCACCAUACUCAGUUAAAGAAACUGGUUAUGCAGGUUUCAACCUCCCUAUUGACAUCUGCUUCCGAACUGGAGACGAACCCAAAAAGGUCCGUUUCAACUACGAUUUAGACUUACAACCAACAAAAGUGCAGCGUGAAACGUAUGUUUUUCGUAACCCAGACGAGGAUCUGAGACGUCGACUGAUUUGUGGAGGAGGGGUGGGUGUGGGCUCAGAUUCUGCUGUCUCUAGCCAUUUGACACCUGGAGAAAAGCCCAGAUCUUCUCCAGCCAUUGCUGCUUCAGCUGAUGAAGCUCCUUCAGCAAAACCACUUGUUCCACCUCUUGUUGGCAAACCUAAGUUGGGUGGGGACCCAACCAAGAAACUCAAAAUUAAGGAGUAUCGUUCUGAAGAAUCACGGGCCAGCAGCUCUUUUCAUGAGUUGUUUGGGACACCAAUCAAAACUACUAAAGCUUCACCUGACCCCAAAAAACCGUCUCCAUCACCCAAAGUGUCACCAUCACCGAAACCUGUCAAACCUCCUGACAAACCAAGUAGUGACAAACAGGUUAGUGGAACUAAACCUGUGAAACAUAGUGUGCAAAAAGAUUCACAAGAAAAAACUGGCAGCAGUUCAAAGGAAGAGAAAAAAGAUAGGAAUAAAGAUCGUGACAAGAACAAAGAGAAGGCAAAGCAUCCAGCUACACCACCCAAACGACCCCCUUCUCCACCAAAAUGCCCACCUUCUAAGCCAACAAAAGAUGAUCCCAAGAAAGUUCAAGUUGAAGAACCUAAAUCAAAGAGUGAUUCAAAAUCUUUGGGCGAUUCAAGUAAAAGUGAAAAGAAGAAAAAAGAUAAGAAAAGUAAGGAUGAGAAGUCAAAGAAAGAAAGACACAAGGAUCAUGAGAGUAAGUCUUGUGAAAAGGUAGAAAAAGUUGAAAAGCCACAAUCUAAGGACAAAGAAAAGGAGGCAGCUAGGAAACCAGAGAAAGAAUCAAACAAGGAAACAGAUAAGCAUAAAGAAAGAGAAAAAUUGAGCAGUGAUGGCAACAAAGAGCGUGCUAGGCACAAACAUAAGAAGAAGGAGCGGAGCCAACGAGAUGAGACUGGAAAAGAGAGAGACCGAGGCAAGGAGAAAGGAGUAAAGAAGAGUUCAUCAGAUAAAAAAACAGUUGAAACCAAGGAUCGGGACAAGAAUGGUGUAACAUCUGAUGCUAAUAAGAAGCGUUCACGUAGUCAUUCUCAUAGCCCGCAUCCUACUUCGUCUCCCACCAAACCAUCACCCUCAUCAGAGAAAUUGGUUCAUCCAAUUGCAGUGAAGGACAAGCCUGUGAAACGUCCUCUCACUAAGCUGUUUGAUGAAUUGAAGGAUCACGAAUCAAGUGAUUCUAACCUGUCUCCAGAUGAGGACUCGAUUGAACUUCCAGUUCCCCAAGUAAGCAAAUUAUCUGCACCUGUGCAGAACAGUGGCAAGUUAGAAACUGCACCCAGACCUGAUGUUCCAAAUAAAAGUGUAGUAAAUACAAGUAAUAACAGCCAUUCAAAUAGUAGACAGGCUACAAAAUCUAAGCCUGAAAGUGCAAACCAAGAGAGAAAUAGUCUGCCCAAGGUAAGUAGUAGUAAACAGAAGCAUAAAAGUGCAUCAAAGAAAAGUAAGGAGAAGAAAGGAUCUAGUGGUAGUAGUGGGAAGGAUGAAAGCGGGAGACGAGCAGAUAAGGAUGUUGGCAAGAAAAGGAAACAUAAGAGCAGUGGUAAGGUGAAGGAAGAAGAAUCAGGUGGGGGUGGGAAAGAAGAUGGUGCACCAGCUCAGAAAUUAUUAAAACUGGAUCCUGAGCUGAGUAGAACAAAUGAUCCUGUUGAAUGGAUAUCCACCGAGGUGUCAGUGCAAGCUGAGGUGAGUACAACAACAGCUUCAGCUGAUGAAGUUCACCCUGUAGAAAUGUUUGACACCCCUGUUGUGGCUCCUGCCGCCACCACCGCCGGCUCACCGGCGCAGUUCUCACCGGACUAUGUCUCACAGCUGAAAGAUCUACAAAGAAAAAUUAUGACACUUGAAGACAAUGCUGAGCUGCAGCGUGUAGUGCAAGUAAUAGCCGAGACAGGCCAAUAUGAAAUUACGAAGAAAACGUUUGACUUUGAUUUAUGUGCGUUGGAUCGAAGUACAGUAAAAAGGUUGCAAGAUUUUUUUACAACGUCAUGACAACAAAAAGAUGGGUAUAUUUUGGAGGAAGCUGGAAUUGUUACAAUAAGCUUGGUAUUGUGUUCGAUACCUUGCUCAACUCAGGAAGAUCUGCCGAAGGUUCAGUGUAGUUAAUAUUAUAGUCAUAUUAUUUAUGUCAUAGUUUCCAGUUGGAGCAGAACUUCUUGAGAUGUUUCUCACUGUAGUUCCAUUUUAUUUUUCCAGUUUGAUAAACUUCCAGUUUAUAAAUUUACUUUUCAGUGUAGAGCCAGUAGCAUCUGGUAACAAAUCUCUAUUUUAUAAUUGGACCAAGGUGUGAGCAAUUAUAUAAAUGCUCUAUAGGAAUCUUAUCCUAAUGUAAAAGGAGUAUAUUUUGAAAAGGAAGACUUGAAUUCAGGAUUUUUUUAAAUGUGAGUAUCAAGGAUCCAUUAUCAGGAAGCAUGGAAGGCGCUUGUAGUUUCAAAUGUUAAUGGCAAAAGUAGAAAAAGUGGGAUACUACUUAGACAUGCUAUCCUGCAUAUACAAAAUUUUCAGAGUUCCAUGUAUGUGUUCAGAGUAGUAUUUAGUAUUACAGUUUGACAGAUCAUUGAACCCAAUUUUUUUAAAUUUAAUUUAUACUGCAAUUAGUGAAAAUAUUCUUUCAUGUUUGUUUUUGGGUGUAGUUUGCAGUGUCACUCGUUACGUGCACUUUAUGAAUUUUAAUAAGAUUUCCUUUCUCUGAUUGUGUUAUAUAAAGAUAAUGAAUUUACUUCCAAGUGAAAAUGUAUAUGUGUGGAUAUUAAACAGUUGGUAAAUGUUUAGUAAAUUUUGCACCUACUCUGUUUCAUUGAAGUUGCAAUACUUUUAUAUUGCCAUAUUAUACAAUGGUACUUUAAAGUACCACGUGAUAAAUUCUUCUAUUAAUGUUAUUGUUUAAAUUUUAAAAGUGUAAUAAUUACUAUUAUAUGCAGUUUUUGUUGUCAUAUGUUGUUUUUGUUAAGCAAUGUUUAUUUUGUGUCAGGAUCUCGAUGUUAUCUAUUUUUUCUACGUUCUCUGUACAUAAUGUAAUAAAUUGAAUGUUGCUAAAAUAUGAAAUACUUGUACACAAACAA